CCAAUUUCUGGGCUCAUCUUCAACGUCACGUCCGUCUUCAGGUUGACACAACGGUAGUCGUGGGGCGCGCAUUCGAAAUGGCGCUUCUUAAUGCUGUCUUUCAAGACUUUACCGUCAAACUUCUUGGACUGACGGCUGCCUUUGUCGUGUACCUCCUCAGCUAUGCCAUCUACAACAUAUAUUUUCACCCUUUGUCAAAGUACCCAGGGCCAAAGCGGUGGGCUGCAACGAGGCUCAGCUACAUCUUCUCGCUCUGGUCCGGGUGGUUGCACAGAGAUGUCCGGGACCUCCACACACGUUACGGCGACAUAGUGCGCAUCGCACCCGAUGAGCUUUCGUUUGCGCGACCAGAAGCAUGGCAGGACAUAUAUACCAACCAGCCUGGCCGUCAAGCGUUCCCCAAGAGCGCGAUCUGGCAUGGUGCGGCCAAAGGACGGCCACCGUCUGUUUUGAACGCAAUAGACAUCAAGCUCCAUUCACGCUUUCGCAGGGCCAUGGACCCGGCGUUAAACGAAAAGGCAGUGCGGAUGCAGGAACCCAUCAUCCAAGCCCACGUUAGGCUGUUCAUUUCCAAGCUCGACAAGCUGGCUUCCUCCGACAGCCAAGGAGCCAUCGUCGACAUUCUGCGUUGGAUCAGCUUUGUCGUCUUCGAUGAAAUUGGGGAUCUGGGCUUUGGGGAGCCAUUUGGAUGCCUGGAAAGCUCCGAGCACCACCCCUGGUGCUCCAUGAUCUUCACGUCUCUUAGGGCAGCAACAUACAGAGUCAGUCUACGAUACUACCCAGCCCUCAACUGGCUCAUGAGCUUUGCCAUACCCAAGAGCGUCGUCAAAAAGGGAAUGGAGCACUGGCAAAUGUCGGUGGACAAGAUAAAUCGCCGCUUGAACCUCGAGAAAGACAGACCCGAUAUCAUCUCCAUGAUCAAGCGGGACGAAGAAGGAGUAGACGGACUUACACAUCCUGAAAUGCUAGCUACCUCCAGUGUCCUCAUAGUCGCGGGUAGCGAUGGCACCAUCUCCGUACUAAACGGCACGAUGUACCAUCUGGUUAGAAAUCCGGACGAGAUGGCAUUGCUUGCUGCUGAGAUUCGGAACGCGUUCAAAACGGAAGAUGUCAUCAAUCUCUCUGCGCUCAGGGAUCUGCCAUAUCUUAAAGCUGUACUCAACGAAGGUAUGCGCAUGUGCAACCCAACGCCGGUAGGAGCACCACGAAUAGUACCACCGGGAGGCGGUAUGGUCUCUGGAGAGCGACUGCCAGAGGGUACGUUUGUUAACGUGCAUUCAUUGACGGUCUCACGGUCUCCAAAGUUGUGGUAUGAUUCUGAUGCAUUCCGCCCGGAACGAUGGCUCGACAGCAAGAGCCCAGAGUUUGAGAUGGACCAACAAAAUGCUAUCCAGCCGUUUGGUGUCGGUCCGCGGUCCUGCGCUGGAAGACUGCUAGCAUGGGCUGAGAUGCGGCUUAUCUUGGCUCGUUUGAUAUGGAGAUUUGACUUGCUGCCUGCUGAUACUGAGGCUGGAAGGCUACAAUGGGAUCAGCAGCGGACCUUUACGGUUUUGGAAAGGCAGCCAUUCGAGGUCCGCCUGAAGCGGCGUGAGGGUGUGACGGCGAUGGAUUGACAAAUUGACAAAGCUGCAUGAGGUCUCGCAGAUAAAUUCUGCCACUUGACGUAUGCAAGGAUAAG